GAUGCAAACUGUCGUAUACCUCCAACAGCGAAGAAGAAAGGCAAACAUGGCGACUUCCACGGGGCAAAAUGGAAAGGCUGCUGGUACUUCGGAUGCGGAUCUCUUGCUUCACCCUGAGUUGUUGUCUCAGGACUUUAUGAGGCUAGUUUUAAAUGAGAAAAAUGUGAGUACCAGAGACUGUGGGAGCAGGGACCAGCUUACAGAGCUCUACCUGCGGCAUAUCAUCCCUCUGCCGCAGAGGACUUUACCCAACACCCGCUGGGGACGGAGGAUGGAGAAGAGCCGAGGGAAGCAAACGCCGGUAGCUCACCGGUCAGACAACUCCAGCAGUGACCACAGUAGAAAGAGGCCUCUGAUUGUGUACGAUGGGAGCUCCUCUCACUCUGGCCCACUGAAAGUGAAGAAACCAGAGGGAAGUAUAGUGUCAAUAGGAAGCAACGACAGGUUAAAACCUCCACCAGCAGCAAAUCUUUCCAACCCCAUCCGCAAACUCUCAGGCAACACAUCUUCCUCUCCAUCCAGUCAGCGCAGCAGUGACACAAAAAACCUCAAACUAGAAGAAAAUACGUCGGGGGCACUGAAGUCUCCGGAAGUGAAGAACAAGAUCCAGCGUGUGACUUGGCCCUGAUCUUUGGCCUCUUUUUCAUACAGACCUGAUGGGACCUCAAGGUCCGGCAGACAGACCACUCCUUUCCCUGUCCGUAACCUGUGGUUGUCCACUACCUUAGGUGUCCCAUCACAAUUUUCCCAACUCAUUUAUCCACAGAAAGAGGUGGAAACCCUUCAAGCUGUGGGUCAAAGCUGCUUAACUGUUGCCAUUCAGUUAUAAGAGCUUACAAACCGGAAUGAAGUCACGAGCUUCCUUGAUGUUUUCCAAAACCUCAAGUGCCCUUACCAGCAUUAAUCAGCAACUUGCAUUAAGUCCCAUCCAAAAUGAGUGAGGUGAAUUAUUGCUCUUUUUAUUCUGUUGCUGGUUUAGGUUAAAAGGCCCCGGGGUGAUGAAUGAUGGCUUCGAUGGCUGUGUGUUCAACUGGAUGCUAAAGGAUCUUAUAAUGUGAUAACAAUGGAAGUAAGCAAGAGGGAAUGCAGACAUGUUAUGAAACAGAUCUUUUUCUUCGGUGUAUUGUAAAUGAAUAUAGACGGAUCAUGGUGAGCAUCACAUUUUAGAAGUUGUGUGAUCAGUGACUUUUUAUCAUUUCUGUUAUGAAUUCAACUGAGAUUUGCAUUUGUCGAGCACUACAUAAGUUUUCCAGGAUUUUGAAAUGUCACUCUGGUGUGAGAUUUUACAUAUGCUGCACAUAACGAUGGGAUAAAUAAAAACGAUAUUGAACUUUAUUGUUAGUAGACCAGUAAUUGUUCAUAAAAAGAGCAUCGCAGAGAGGCUGAGUCUUUCAAAAGGACCACUUUUGUAAAUACUGUUCCAAACAUUUUGGGAUGUUGUGCAAAAAUGUAAAUAAAAACAGAAUGCGAUGAUUUGAAAA